AUGACGGGGCUGUACGAGCUGGUGUGGCGGGUGCUGCAUGCUCUGCUCUGCCUGCACCGCACGCUCACCUCCUGGCUCCGCGUUCGGUUCGGCACCUGGAACUGGAUCUGGCGGCGCUGCUGUCGUGCCGCCUCCGCCGCGGUCCUAGCGCCGCUCGGCUUCACGCUCCGCAAGCCCCCGACUGUCGGCAGGAACCGCCGUCACCACCGGCAUCCGCGCGGGGGACCGGCCCCGGCCGCCGCCCACCGGCGGCUACGCUGGCGCGCGGACGGCCGUUCCUUGGAGAAGCUGCCAGUGCACAUGGGCCUGGUGAUCACGGAGGAGGAGCAGGAACCCAGCUUCUCGGACAUCGCAAGCCUCGUGGUGUGGUGUAUGGCCGUGGGCAUCUCUUAUAUUAGCGUCUACGACCAUCAAGGUAUUUUCAAAAGAAAUAAUUCCAGAUUGAUGGAUGAAAUUUUAAAACAACAGCAAGAACUUCUGGGCUUAGAUUGUUCCAAAUACUCACCAGAGUUUGCAAAUAGUAAUGACAAAGAUGAUCAAGUCUUAAAUUGCCAGUCGGCAGUGAAGGUGCUGUCCCCAGAAGAUGGAAAAGCAGAUAUUGUAAGAGCUGCUCAGGACUUCUGCCAGUUAGUAGCCCAGCAGCGGAAGAGACCCGCAGACUUGGAUGUGGACAUGUUAGACCGUUUACUUAGUUCGAAUGGUUUCCCUGACCCUGAUUUAGUAUUGAAGUUUGGUCCUGUGGACAGCACACUAGGCUUUCUUCCCUGGCACAUCAGGUUGACUGAGAUUAUCUCUUUGCCUUCCCACCUAAACAUCAGUUAUGAGGACUUUUUCUCUGCCCUUCGUCAGUAUGCAGCCUGUGAGCAGCGUCUGGGGAAAUAG